AUGCGCCUCUUCCUCAUCCCCAUCUCCACGCGACGGGCGUUGAUCUACGCUCGGCCACUCCGUAAAGACAUCGCCAAGGAGCUAUCGAUGCUUGACCGGGUGACUACCAAGGCCGCGCAACAAUGGGCUAAAUGGGAAGAAGCUGAAAGUGGAUGGAAGAAGCAGCUCGUCACUUGGGGGAACAAAGUUCAGCAACGUAUUCCAUUCGAAGAAUGGGGGCUAAAGAGUAUCCCGUCUCUCAAAUCACAACAGAAGGUCGACAAGGAGCACGGGAGCAAAAAAAUCGAUCUUCUCUUUCCAGGCAACGCGGUGCACGUGGAGAAGAUCCCAAGUUUAUUGCAUAAAAUUGCGACAGAGCGACAAGAAUUCCACAAAAGCAAGAUGCGGUGGAGUUUGGGAACCGCCCCAUUAACCGCCCCAUUUGCUCUGAUCCCCGUGAUCCCCAAUAUCCCUUUCUUCUAUUUGGUGUACCGUGGCUGGUCCCACUGGCGAGCACUAAAUGGCUCUCGCCAUCUUGAAUACCUUGUUGACAAGAAGCUUCUAAACCCUAUCUCACUGUCCGGACUCGAGCAGCUUUACUCCAAGCGUACCUCCAGUGCACUCGAUAAUACCCCAAUUAAUACCCCGGCGGCGGAAAUGAUCGAAGAUAUUGAGCAGAGCGAGGAGAGAGUUCUUUUGAAAAUGUCAGAUGCUAAGGAGCUAGCCAACAUCCUGGACGCACCUGAAUUGGCUCUAGAAGCGGAGCGGGCGAUUGUUCAGGUGGGCGAGCAACUGGAGGCGCAAAAGGCCCAGAAAAAGGCCCAGCAGAGCAAUUCUGAUGAGAAGAAAGGCUCAUGA